AUGCCCGGGUCGAAAUUCCCUUUGUCGUCAGGCGAUAAACUUUCGGCAGCCCCAGCGGCCAUUCGGCACAGGCGCCAGCGUGGUGGCUCAAAGACGAAUCGUAUCCAGGAAGCUACAUCGUCCAUUCAGAAUGGAGAACGUCAACUGCAAUCCAUGCUCUAUUCGAAUCAACCGCAUCAAGCAUCGGCUUUUGCCCAGCUCCCCCAAGGCAUCCCAUCCUCCGCCAAUUUUGGCGACGAUUUCUACAGAGUGGCUCAUGAUAUCAACAUCCAUGGUGAUGGUGUACCGCCUGAGCCUGUGCCCCGAAAGCCGAAGAAUGCGCCAAGGCAACCGAAAGAAAGUACGGCCUACGAUCCCGGAAUUGCUAGCGGCUGUUUGGAGUUUGUAUGGACCACCUUGACCCGGAUCCGUCGUCAAUUGUUGCAUCCGGCCUCGCGACUGCUUGUUUGGGGCCUACGCCAUUGUUGGCCCAUCUUACUCAUGCUUGUCGUUAUUGCGGUAUUAUUGGUAUUUAGUAUAUGGCAUCUCUGUCUACCCCCCUGGGUCUCACAGUUCUGGACAGUCUGCCAUCUCAAUCAACGCAACCCUCUGUGCUCGACUUACAAUCCGAUUGUAACGCAACUUCAUUUUUGCGCUCCCGCUCCCGCUCACUAUGUUAUCGACCCAGACGCUUUCCUACUGCCCUUGGAAGAUAUCCAUGAUCUUACCGGGGAUGACACUGAUGAUCGCACAAGGCACCUGCCAUUGGCCUUCGGCCAAUUGUUUUUCAAAAUUCAUGAAUACGCAAGCUAUGUAUCAUUCCACGACUUUGAAAACGCGUCAGCGCUGGUCUCUAAACUGACAGACUUGGCCGACACCACAAGCGAAGUACGGGAGGAUAUUGUGGGUUGGCUCUUCUUGGUACGUUAUAGUCGAAGAGAGAUGUCGUUCGAGACGUUAAGCAUGAUGGAAAUUCUACAAAAGGAAUAUCUCGCGUAUUCAUGUGGGUAUAUCCGCUGGUAUAUCCUCGCCUAUUUUUGGACAUACAAGCCAACUGUUACGACUGAGCAGCUCACGCUCUGGAUCAACCAUAUGACUUCCCUUUACAACCUUGCGGGGGAAGUACGAUCAGGAGGGGGAGAAUUGACGAAGAAGCUGGACAACCUUGAGAACGACUUCGUUAGCAUUUCUAAGAGUACGGUUAAGGAGAUUGAGAGGAGGAGAAGGUCCUUGCGGCACGAGAAAAGAAAAAGCUGGUUCACUCGUAAUACGGCCGAGAUCGCAGAGAUCGAAAGUGUGCUUGACGAUAUUGCCAUCUGGAAAGGGAUAUCCGACACUGUACUUCAUGAGUGUACCCAGACGAGAGAUAUAGCCCGUGGGAUCCAGAAGCGGAUAGAAAUACUCACACCCCAACUCCUGGAUGCUAGAACUUGGCUAAACGCUCAUAAGAGCAAUGUCUUGGAAAUUGAUGGCAUGACAUUGAAGGAUAUGCUGGAAGCAUUGAUGAAAGAAGUCCGCUUUUUGAUAGCUUCUGAAAUCGAAGUAACUAAAAAAAGCAGGAAGAAUCACCAAACAACCCGGAGCGGUGGAAGGGGAAGCUUAGAUGGGCACGGGUCUUUGCUUCUUAGUUGCGGUGGGUGUUGUAAUACAGGCGGCGAGGAUUGA